CUUUUUUUUACUCAUGGAAGUUUGCGUCUGUGUAUGCAGAAAAGGCUAAAACAUAGAGAGCAGACAAAAAGGAAGCCAAAACCCAUCAUUCCUUCUUCUUCUUCUUCAUCAUUGCCACCGUCAGGAUCACCGCCACAACCACCGCCAUUUUGCCGCCGCAUGCUCUAGAUUCACUUCAGACGUCUAAUCUGUGGGAUUCGUUUCCUUUCCGGGUGCAACUUUUAAAUGGGUCUCCAUUAAUCGUCACAUUUCUGUAUCUGACAUCAACUAUUUGAUCAAUUCUCCUAUAAGUUUCAGUUUCGCGAGGGGAGGCCAUAAAAGGAAUAAAAAGUUCUUAACUUUUCCUUUCUCUGUCUCUGUUUUUGUGGUGAAUUGUAAGUUUUUGUCACUUUUUGUUGGUGGGUUUGUUUUUGUUUUCGGUAAUCUGAUCCAAUGGCUGCGGUUACUGAGAAGCCCACUGACGAUGUCCGCGAUGUCUGUAACAACACCGGCGGCGGAGACAAGAUCAUCGGCGACGGCGGUUGCGUCGGAGAUGAUAAGAACUCGAACGUCGAGUCUGAAACCGAAAAUGUGCCCAAACCCGAGUCCGAAAUCAAACCCGAAUCUGAAAUCAAACCAAAAUCCAAGCUUGAGAUGCAGGAACUCGUUGUGGCGAUGUUCAAGACACUGAAUCCUUUGGCUAAGGAGUUUUUCCCUUCUUACUACAACCAGAAGAACAAUCACGAGGGAAAAUUCAAUCAGCUUCUGCCGGCUGAUGAUUUCGUGAUCACGAAGAAGCAAUCUGGCGAUGAAUUUUACUCUGACACCAAGAAGGACGGCAAUAACAGAAGGAGGAGAAAUAACUAUGGCCAUGGGAGAAGGAGAUUACCCGGAAGAGCUCCAAAGGCUCAGAGAGAAGACAGCAUCAAACGAACAGUAUAUGUUUCUGAUAUCGAUCAGAGUGUCUCGGAGGAGAGCCUUGCUGAAUUGUUUAGCAGCUGUGGGCAAGUUGUUGAUUGCCGUAUCUGUGGUGACCCACAUUCCGUUCUUCGCUUCGCGUUUGUUGAAUUUGCCGAUGAGCAAGGUGCACGCUCGGCAUUAAGCAUUGGAGGGACGACGCUUGGGUAUUACCCAGUUAGGGUCUUGCCUUCAAAAACCGCCAUCCUUCCCGUGAACCCUACGUUUCUCCCGAGGUCCGAGGAUGAAAGGGAGAUGUGCACAAGAACUAUUUAUUGCACAAAUAUUGAUAAGAAGGUAUCUCAGGUCGAUGUUAAAACCUUCUUUGAAUCAACAUGUGGUGAGGUAUCUCGGCUGAGGCUUCUCGGCGACCAGUUGCAUUCUACUCGCAUAGCUUUUGUUGAAUUUGCUAUGGCGGAAUGUGCACUUGUUGCACUCAAUUGCAGCGGAAUGGUCCUAGGAAAUCAACCUAUCAGGGUAAGCCCUUCAAAGACACCUGUGAGGCCUCGUAUCAUUCGCCCUCCAUCAACGGACUAAGAGAUCGAAUCUUUGAUAUGUAUGCCCUCUUGAUCAGGGUUUACUACCCGGAAGAGACUUUUCGACGAACAGGGUGAUGCAGCAUUUCAAUCUCUUCCGUGAUUUUCUCUUUGGACCUUUUUUUCCCCUCUUUUUUAGCACUUAUAUCUCCAGUACUGUAACUGGAAAAAACACCAUGGAAAAGCUUCUGAUUUUGGAAUUCUCGUUACUGUUUUGGCCUCGAGAAAGUUUCUCGACUGAGACGCUGUUUAUCACGGUUAUCAAUGGAGUUUUCGGAGCAUUUGGUU